GUUUUUGAGCAUUAGGGAGCCAGCGCUCCGGGAUAAACGAAUCGGGCAAAUGAUAGUAGUUAGGGGAACGAAGUAGCGAGAAUCCGGCAACUGAUAUCAGAGUCCCGGCAGGGAUCAUCUCACCACAUAUCAUCGAUCCGCCUUCUUCCACGACACGGGGUAGCCCAUUCGUGCAUGGUGUGUACAUGCGAAUAGACUCCUCGACGCAAGCAGUGAGAUAGUCCAUGCCUAACAAAACAUCGUACGUGAUUUCCUCGGAGCUAGAAAACCUAGUGCGAAUCUCUUUGACCACUUUUUCCAUGCAACGGGGGUUCUUGAACAAAAGAAAGGUCAUACAGCGCAACACUGUAGCGGCAGUUUCGCUCCCACCAAAAACAAGGAUCGGAGAAUUUUGCUGCAGCUCUGGCAUUGUGAUGCCGCCUUCAAGCAGCUUGCCGAGAAUGCUAUGUCUGCCUUUUUCCUCCUUAAUCCGAUCAAAGUAUCUUGCGAGCUUGUCCGACGUGUAAUUGAGAAACUUCUGUCGUUGGCGACUCAAAACGCUGUGUGGCACCAGAUUCCAAAACACCCGGAAAAACAAGUACUCGUUCAGUACGACUAUGAUCGCAAAUGCCUUCAGGAACUGUUGGACAGAUUCGACCCAGGGGAUAUAUCUAGAAUUUUCCAGCAGGCCCAGAGAUUCGUCAAAGAGCAGUUUGCCGAUGACAUCGAAGGUCAUGAAAUUGUACCAGUCUGACAUGUUCAUGGGGCUGCCCCUGGAUUCCUCCAUGCGUUGCACGAGCUUGUCCGCAUAUUUGACGAACGUUGCUUCGUUUUCUUUCAGGCUCUUUUCCGAGAAUGCAAUGGUCAUCAGUCUCUUCUGCCGUGUAUGGACGUCACCGUUCGCAGUCACGACGGAGUUGGCACCACCCUCCUCUUCGACACCACGGAUAGCGCGGGUGCCUCUGGCAUUUGCGCUGGUGCCAUAGAUCUCCUUCCAGCCCUGCCCAUGGGCGAAGCUUAGCUCAUCGCUGGCAAUGCGCACCACGUCGCCGUAUUUGCGGUGCAGAUGAAGCCGAAACUGCGCCCGCUGUCCGCGGAGUGUGGCCCAGGUAACUGGGAGUCGUGAUAGCGCUAAAUGUUUGGGCCCUGGAAAUUUCCGGAGCGGGUGGAAGAACAGGUUAUAUAUCACUGUUCCCAGGAUAUACUAUAGGCAGCCCUUUUCCCCACCCAGGGGGAGCAGUCUAAAUUAGCCAGCCGAAGCGGAUGAAAAUGAUGACACGCAGCGUGGGUAGUGGAAAAAAC